AUGGCGGUACGGCGCCCGGCCCUCCAGAAGCUCUACGCCGACUACUUCCGAGAGCGCCGCGUCGAUGCCAUCCACUUUCCCACGACCAGCGUCCCAGCCACACCCAUGGACACGGUACAUGGCUCCGGGAACGUGUCCAUCAACGGGGGCCCGCCCAUGGACGCCUUUGCCGCCUACACCAGAAACACGGACCCGGGGAGCAAUGCCGGCAUGCCGGGCCUGAGCAUCCCCGUGGGAAAUACGGCCGGCGGCCUGCCCAUCGGCAUCGAAAUAGGCGGCCCUCUCGGCAGCGACGAGAGGCUGCUCGGCUUGGGACUCGCCAUGGAGAAGGUGUUUGGCUACCUGGCCGGGUCGGACCGUGCCCCGAGUGGCAGGAUGCAGUGCUCAGGCAGUACGGUCCCAAGCGCACUGCAUGACGACAUGGCUCGCGGUCCCGGAUGA